GCGCGUGACCUCCCAGGACGCCGGAGAGGCAGAGUCGGCGUUGGCCAAGGAGCGAGAUAUGCAGAUUCAGCGCAGUCCCAUCUUGAACAUGAUCCGCAAUCCUCGAUGCAUGUACUACAUUCCCCAAGAGGGCGGCAAGAACAUCCAGAAGCAGAAAGGGCACCGGUCUGAGCUGGAUGUGGGUGAGCAGGACGUGGAAAGUGACGACGGCGCCGAGAUGGACCAGGGUGGCAGUGAUACCGGGGGAGGCGUCAUCACUGGCGCCCCGAACAAUGCCGAGCACAUGCUGGCCAUUGUGACGGCGUAG